AAAAAUUUUACCGUCGAGCAGGUUUUCAAGGGCCAAAAUAGCAGGAUCAUAUGCAAGUCGCUCGAAGAACCAAACAGCAAAGGUCGAUUUGUGGAGCUUCGUCCGGCUUCUGUGAUGAUUUGAGCGGCGACCACCUCCGACUCCGCUGAUU